AUAACAUUUCGCAUUUAAGAUUUUUUUUUAACUCGCUAGAUCCUCCAUUCUCCAAACCCUUGAGCUUAGCAUCUUACCGUAAUUUUCCCCAAAUUCUCUCUCUCUGUUUUCGUUUUUCUCCGUCUUGUAAAAUGAAAAACCCUUGGUUUUUUCAAGUCUGAAACUGUAUCGGUGUGAAAUUGUAAACAGUAAUCGGUUUUUUUUGAACGAGUGGGGUAAUUGCGGAAAUGGCAUCAGGUAACUUUGAGGAUGAUCAAGAGGGAACUGUAUCGAUCAAUGAAUACAUCGAAAGCUUGGACGCGGAAGAGCUGGAAGUUGAUUUGGUGUUGGGUGGAGAUGAGGGAGAUGAGUGUACUUACCCAAAGGGUUACAUGAAAAGACAGGCGAUUUUCUCAUGCAUUACAUGUAACCCAGAGGGUAAUGCUGGAGUUUGCACUGCUUGUUGCUUAUCUUGUCAUGAAGGCCAUGAGCUUUUGGAGCUCUGGACUAAGAGAAAUUUCCGAUGCGAUUGCGGGAACUCAAAGUUCGGAGCUUUAGCGUGUAAGCUUCUCCCGGGGAAAGACAUAGAAAACUCUGAGAAUUCUUACAACCACAACUUCAAAGGCUUGUACUGCUCCUGCGACCAACCUUACCCUGACCCAAACGUGGAAGAGCAAGUGGAGAUGAUACAGUGUUGUAUCUGUGAGGAUUGGUUUCACGAGGAGCAUCUCGGUCUCAAAACUUCAGACAGUGUUAGUAGCCAGAUUCCAAGGGAUGAGGAAGGAGAGCCGAUCUACGAGGAUUUCAUUUGUCAAAACUGCUCCCCACUUUGUUCGUUUCUGACGCUUUAUCCUGAGAAAUUGUGGGUUGCUUCUCCAGUAGAUCCCACCGGUUCUGCUAAUGCUUGUUCAGACACUACCGAGUUAAACAAAGACCCCUCGGCUUCUGAACCUAAUCAGCCUGAGAACGGUACUGAAGCUAAAGAAUCUGAUUUAGGAAAAUGUACUGCGAAGGUCGAUGGCUCUGAACCCAUUCCUGCGGCUGAUUGUGCUAUUGGGACGCGUCUAACCUCGUGUACUGAGUUUGAGAAGAAACCGCUGUUUCUGACCAAAAACUGGAGGAACAUGUUGUGCAAAUGCGACAAGUGCGUAGAGAUGUACAGCGAGAGAAAGGUAAGCUACUUACUUGAUGCAGAGGACACGAUUGGCGAAUACGAGAAGAAGGCAAAGGAGAAGAGAACAGAGAAGCUGGAGAAACAAGAGGGUGAAGCACUUGAUCUUCUGAAUAAUCUCGACCAUGUAGCUAAAGUCGAGAUCCUUCACGGCAUCAAAGACUUCAAAGAAGAAUUCUGCGGUUUACUGGAGAAUGCUGGGCCAUCAAAGGUGAUAACAUCUGCAGAUAUUGAUCAAAUGUUUUCAAAUCUGAAAAACAAACGCAGAAAGACGGAGUGAGUUAGAGUCAACGAGUUAUGAGAUUUUAAGAACUUUCUUUUCACAUCUCAUGUUAACAAACGCUUUAGAUUGUUGUUUUGUUGGUUUGAAAUGAGGUUCCCUUGCACGUUGUCUGUCUUUUAGUUCCUAAGUUAUGCAUCCAACUUUGUACUUUAAUGUAUGGAGUUUGUCGCUUAUGCGUAACAGUUUACUAUUAUAUAAAAGCUACUCGUUCUACAACUACAAUUUACUUUCAUUUUCAGCAGGUUUUUAAUGAGUUUUAG